CUCUCCUUGCCUGUGAAAUGGGGGGCAGCAACAUCCCCUCAGCCAGUGCACAACGAGUUUUCUGGAUUGGGGAGCGACAUAGCUAUGAACCAGGUCCUGAGAAAAGAGCUCCACGGUGUAAUCAACCGUGAUGGUGUUCUCUUCAUGAACAUGAGGGAUGCGCGAAAAUAUCAGCAACAGGUCUCACUCAAUAAUAUUCUAUGUUUAUUACCCCAGCCGCAGCUGUCUGCCGGAAGGCUUCGGAAACGCCUUGCACACAAGAUCGGCCCUCGUCCCACCGUCCACGGUCAAAUGGGCAUGGCAUGCGAAGAGUCGAGAGUUCUUUCUUUGCGGGGCAAGAAUUAAUUUGUUUCAGGGCAGAUGAUACCUUAUAAAAUAGCUACCCCACAUUCCUGGGAUCGAGUAGUAGAAGUAACUAUGUCAGUUAUACAACCUUAGGGUACUAUAGCCGCUCGGUCGAAACCAUCCGUGGUCCAUGGAAGCCCUACGAUUUGGGUUUGAAGAACCGUUACGUUGCUUAACAUGGCCGCCCUUUCAAACACCUGGCAUCGGGCCGAAGAUGAACCUAGGAUACGUGUUCGGUGCCCUGGAGCGCAGCAAGAGAGGCUCGGCACCGAUUAUCAGAUUGGAUUUUGACUUUCAUCAUGAACCAGCAAGCAUGGCUUGUGGUAGGUACCCGAGAGAUGGA